CAGCCGAUCAAGCAACACGUUUCAAAUUGAGAGAGAACUAUUUAGAAGAUUCUAGCAUGCCGCGCAAGACUAAAAGGGGUGGUAGUCCAGUAACAGUUCGUUCCAAGACUAUGAAGACUAGGGGAGCGGGUAGGAAGAGGCGACGUGUGGAGGAACGGGCAGACCUAACGGCAAAACACAGCAAACAGUCUGAGGACAUUAGGCCUAUCGUCGGGCCGUCAGACAGCAUGGCGCCAACGGCGGGAAACCCCAGCGGGGCUCCUGGACCAAGUACGUCUGACAGUGGGACCAUUAGACACGGUUUUCUCGCCUAUCGGGUCAAAUUCUUGAUUGAUGGCGCCACCUUUGACGUUACCUGGUUCCACGUCAGUGGCCGACUUCGUCUCAACGUCGUAUUCAUCGACGGGCUGAGUCUUCUCUGGUACUUCGUCAGCUUCUUCAUAAACCGGUUUCCUGUACUUCUGGAAGUCAAAUGAAAUGGUUAACAAAUUAUGUUUUUCCAGGGUUUUCGGGGACAGAUUGUUUUUCAAACAACCAUCGGCCAUGAUCUGCAGCGUUAUAAUGUUCACCGCUAUCAUCUGACGUUGGCCUAUAAGUAUGGACAACAAGUAAAUCCAGCCACUCCCUGGUAAUGUCAGUAGGGUUAAUGUGGGCUGUUGCUCCACCUUCAGCCGUAUAGAAUCUAUACCACGGUCUCUUGAACACAGCAUGUUAAACUAUCAAAGGGUAUCUCUCGUUGAGGAACGAGGUCACGCGGCGUGGACGAGAACCUGUUCUACAUGACUAAGCGUGUCAAUGUGAACACGACUAUUUGUCCCUGAAGUCCCGGUAGGGUGUUGUUAUGUUAUAUGUAUGCUGUGACCUACCCCUUUAUGGUUGACCCCUUAUCUGACAGGUCUGCGUAUCAUCUCCGUCAUCCAAGGAAAGAGCCGGUCAAGCAGUGCGGGUCACUCCUAUCCGGGCGUCACAAACCUUACAAAAGUGGUUUAACGUUUGAUAAAUUCUUUUACGAAACUUCUCGUAUCCAUUGAGAAUUUUUUGGAGGACCGUUGGUACGGUUACAUUGGGCAUAAAUAUUCUUUAAUAAUUACUCGUCAAAACUGCGUUGUGGUAAAUGCGUAAAUAUAAUAUCGCUAACUUAAAAAUAUAUUUUCAAUUGAAAAUCAAACAUAUUAUAAAAAUAACUGAGAGUUAUAGUUUUCAUUUGCUCAGUGUAUAUCAUUGAUUAAAUAAGCUUUAGUAGCAGACCAGUGAUGAGGCUGACGAACAUUCCCAAGAUGACGAGUACUGCCAUCGUCGUCGGCGUGUAGUAGAGAUAAGAUAGCUUGUACAUCGGUAUGAACUGAUCGAUGGAAAGUAGGAAUAGGUCGGUAUGAACGAAUCGCUGGAAGGUAGGAAUACAUGUACAUCGGUAUGAACGGAUAAGAAUAUAUGCACACAGGUAUGAACAGAUCCAGUGACUCUCUGCGACCGUCGUUAAUAUGUUUAAACGAUUAUUUCGUUACCAUUUGAUAUUUAUUGGUUUUUCAUAACUGUUUGGACCUGAUUGUGCGAGUAAUAUUUGCCCUACGCCACAUCAGCAACCUUCAGCCAUUUGCGGCAGUCUAAUAACACAUCCAAACCACUUAAACGUAGAUAAGUCUAGGUACCCGGGGAGAAUAGCACCCUUUGGCUGCCCUUCGCUGUUAAUGCUUUCAGACACUGGUAUGCCGUGUCCAGUCUCAAUUAUUUAUAGGCCGCUGUAACAAAGAUGGCAUAUUUAUGACGACGGCCUUAAACAACAUUCACACAGUUCAUGUCAUUUCAAAAGACAAGUAUGGUGUACUGGGGAUAAGGUGUGCCAUUGAAUCUGCCUGGAUCUUUCCGGGCAUACAUAAGCAGAGGCAUCUGGUUUAUAACAAACACUUCCUUACACUAAUACCUUCGGCCUGCAGUUAUUCGCAGUUUGUGAUACGUGUACACAUCUGCAGCACAGACCAGGGUUGAGACCCGAAGACGGUGAGGCCGAUAGCAACAUCCCCGAAUAUGACAACUACAAAAAUAAAUAAGUAAAUAUUAGACACUGUACAUGAGAAACCACGUGUUACUUCACACACUUUCCUUAAUCACAAGCAUAAUAGUACUAGCUGAAUCUGAAUAUGUUUGGUAAAGGAUCAGUGACUGAGUAACGUAAUUUUACUAAUCAUACAUAGUACAUGCAGAACAAACAACGCCCAGAUUCAGCCACUUGGUUGAAGAGGAUGCACUACAGUGACUGGCAUUGCGACGAAAUGCUAUUCAUGCAGAUAAAUUGGAUACGAAUUAACUUUGAUCAGGAUAUAUUAUUAACCCGUGAAGAUCCGGGGUAGAAUAGGUCUUCAGCAACCCAUGCUUGCCCUAAAAAGGUGACUAUGCUUGUCGUAAGAGGCGACUAACGGGAUCGGGUGGUCAGGCGUGCUGAUUUGGUUGAUGCAUGUCAUCGUAUCAUAAUUGUUGGACAGUUUGAGGACAUUCUUAUCAGAUAAAUCCUAAUUGUGACACAAACAUAUUUCAUCGAAAAUUGUUUUUGUAACCAGUGAAUUAUGUAGUUUUAAUAAUAUGGAAGAUGAAUAUCACUUUUCACUCGUUUGUCAAUUUUAUGGUAAUUCAGGUAAUUCACAUUUUUGGAUAUCACCGAGUUUUAUAUCAUUUUCAUGAAAUCAUACGUCCUCAAUAAUAAACAUUCCUCCCCACUUAUCCUAUAAUUGUUAUUUUCUAGGACAUCUAGUCACCACCUGCCAAUAAAAACAGGGAGAUGGAAUAAUACUCCGUUGAAUGAACGUUUAUGCAAGUUAUGGGGUAGUUUUGACAUUCGAGAUGAAUUCAACUAUAUCUUCAAAUGUAUUUUUUUCAAUGAACAAAGGGACAUGUACAUCCCAAAACACUUUUCAAAAAGACCAUAUGUGUUGCAAUUCUAGCAAUUAUUUAUCUGCCAUAAGAUAUGUGUCCAAAAGAAACUGUGUAAAUUUGUUCACAUGAUAAUGAAAAGUUGUAAAAACUCCCGGUUAACCUUACCGCAAUGUAAAAUGCUGUUAGUACCGAUACACAUGCCGAUGCUCUCGGCCUGGGAGAAAUAAAGUGCUGUUCUGUUCUGAGCUUCUUUUGGCUGUGUG